UUAAAUACUAUAUGAUUUCACUUAUACCCGGAAUCUAAGGAAAAAAAGAAUAAACUAAUCAAAAAGAGACAAAUAUAGAAGACGAUCUGGUGACAGGUAGAGGGGAGGAAGAUUGGGGGCUGGGAGAAAGGGGUAAAAGGUUAAAGAAGUACAAAUUAGUAGUUGAUUGAUGGCCAUGGGGAUGGGGAGCACUAGGGAAUGCAGUAAGCAAAAAUGUAAUAUUACAGAUAGAGCCAGAAGAGAGGAAGAGCAAUCGGGGGAUCAUUUUUUCAUAAACUAUGUAAAUGUCUAAGCAAUGUACUAUAUACUUAAAAGGAAUAAUAAAAAUUUUUUAAAAAUAAUAGGUAAAUACAAGAGAAAGUCAGGGUUCUUUCAUCUUCAAAGUGAGUUGGGUGAUAUGACCAUAAAUACAAAUUAUUUAGAAGAGCGCAUUAUCUCAUUCUUGUAGCCUAUGCUCCAGUCUCUAAGCUGUUCCAUCUUCUUUCUCCUGAGGGUCCUUAUCCUCAGAGCAGCAUUUUUAAGGCUUUCUGCCAAGAUGAGGACACAAAAGAUUCCAUAGCUAUUUUAUGGAACUGGGUCUCCAAGGAGCCUUUUGUUUAUUCAUGGAGUUACAAGUUUGCUAAAUAAAACAAAUGCCAAUCUUGUUAAUGUGGAAACCGCCUUCUGCCCAGGAAAUAUCCGAAUCUCCAAAACCUGAGAGAAUUCUUGAUGCUUCUCAACUCUCAGAACUGCUUUUGAUUUUCAGGUAUUGGCUGCAUGAGGGAAUACGCCUUAGGUUUAUAAUAACCAGAAUCUUUUGGGAUGAAAACUUCAUAAUUUUUGGUGAGGACAGAAAGAUCUAUGCAUUUCCAAACUGCACAUGAAUAUAGAGUGAAAUAACAAGCACUGCAGCAUAGAAAGGCAAAAACAGAUUUAAGCCUUAAGAACUAAUGUUGCUCAGCAACAACCCGAAGUUAUGAUUGACUGACAAAAAAGUAAGUACGAUGAAGUUUUUAUUUGCAGUGCCCUUUGUAAAAUAUGGUCAUAAAUGUCCACGUAAAAAAUUUAUUAUAUGUGUCUUUAUCAAAUCAGAGAUGUUAGUAUGCAUUUUGAUGUUUUGUAAUAAACCAAAGUUAUUUAUUAUAAGUCAGUUUUGAAAUUCAUUAUACUAGAAUACAUGAAAAAUCAGAGCAGGUUGAUUUUUAUACAUUAGUUAGUGUAGUAUAAUUUGAGAGAUCAAGACAGUAAACUCCUACCUUAUCCUUAAUCGUAACAAGGAAGAAGGUACACAUACGCAUUUACACACACACACACACACACACACACAAACAUGAUCAUCACUCCCAUGCAAAACAAGGUUCAUAUAGUCAUGAUUUAUCAUCACAGUUGACACCCCUCCCUUCAUUACAAAUACUGAUUCAUCAGAACUUCAGAAUAAACAGAAAUGAAUCAGUCACAUUCGAGCGUCAAUUACUUUCUCUAUUCCUGCUUUGUAACAUCUAGGAUAAACUGAGUUUCAUGGAUAAACUGUAUGAUUGAAAAAGACACCAUGUUAUUUUCAGAACACUGAAACCUGACUAGCAUGUGCAAGGCUGAAUUCAGUAUCGCAGUGAUACUGUGCCUGCGUGCCCAAGACGUUAGGGGAAGGGGAAGUAAACUCAACUAAGUGUUCUUUACAGCAUCCCCAAUUCAUCGACUGUGUUUGCACCCUGAGUAGCCCUUAAUCUGGGGGAAGCUUUCAGCCUUCAAGCAAAGAAAAAAACCAAAACAAUGUCGGCCUUCUCUACCAUAGUGUCUGCGAACCUCGAGGCUUAACUGAGGACACUACACAUCUUUUUGCGAGAGUUGAUCCUGCCCCCAGAUCAGUAAGAAGAGGACAUUUUCAAUAGGGACGAUAAAAAGUAAAAUCACGUAAAAUAAUAACUCGGGCCUGCAGAGGGAAUUCCUAGUUGUUCACUGACUCAGGGAAAUUUCAAGCCCUGGAGACACCGACUACAGGUAUCUGAAUUCCUUUGUAAUUCACUGAUGAGAGCUAAAAAAUAACCUCGCAAAAUUUAUCUCAGUAUUACACAGCAUUUGACCACUAGCUUCCAUAACUCAUGGGUAGGUAGACUGAGCCAAAAGGAUUGGGAACAAAGUAAAACUAUAUGAUUGGAAGAUAAGGCAAAAACGAAAAUUUAGUUACUUCUCAUAACCGCAAGGAAAACGUUCCACACAGAGAAGAUGAUCACUUCAAGAGAGUCAAGUCAGUUUGCUUAGCACUUAUAGCCAGUGUGGAGGGCUCGUUUGGGCUUCACUACACUCUAUUCAAGUGUCUCUGAAUUCUUCACGCAGACUGGGCAGAAAGCAGGAAUCCAUGAUGAGAAACCACACAAUAACAACAUUCAUCCUGCUGGGACUGACCGAUGACCCACAACUGAAAGUUCUGAUUUUCAUCUUUCUUUUUUUCACCUACAUGUUGAGUGUAGCCGGGAACCUGACCAUUAUCUCCCUCACCUUCAUAGAUUGCCAUCUUAGAACAGCCAUGUACUUUUUUCUCCAAAAUUUCUCUUUCUUAGAAAUCUCAUUCACGACUGCUUGUAUUCCCCGAUUUUUGUACGACAUAUCAACCGGCGACAAAAUCAUUACCUAUGAUGCUUGUGCUGUCCAAAUAUUUUUUACCUAUCUUUUUGGGAUAACAGAAUUUUUUCUCCUAGCCGCUAUGUCCUUCGACCGCUACGUGGCCAUCUGCAAACCCUUGCAUUAUGUGACGAUCAUGAAUCACAGAGUCUGCAAUAGGCUUAUCAUCAGCUGUUGGAUGGCUGGUUUGUUCAUCAUAAUCCCCCCACUUAGCCUGGGGCUCAGUCUGGAAUUCUGUGACUCUAAUGUUAUCGAUCACUUUUUCUGUGAUGCCACCCCUCUGCUAAAGAUAGCAUGCUCAGACACAGGGUUCAUAGAGCGAAUGAUUUUAGUGUGCGCUGUGUUGACUUUUAUCAUGACCCUUGUCUGUGUUGUUCUGUCCUACAUGUAUAUCAUCGUGACGAUUCUAAGGUUCUCUUCUGCUCAGCAAAGGACGAAGGCCUUUUCCACCUGUUCUUCCCACAUGGUUGUGGUUUCCAUGACCUAUGGCAGCUGCAUCUUCAUCUAUAUCAAACCUUCAGCAAAGGAAGAGGUCGCUCUUAACAAAGGGGUUUCUCUGCUCAUUUCUUCUAUUUCACCAAUGUUGAACCCAUUUAUUUAUACCCUGAGAAACAAGCAAGUGAAGAAAGCCUUGAAUGACUCAUUCAAAAGGAUUGCAUUCUCUUUAAAAAGUAAGAGAAAAGAGGAGUUGAUUACUCACAAUGGAGGAUGAAUAUUCCCUCAACUUUUCUGGUAAAAUUCUAGUCAUGUUUGUGUCGUAAUCAUCUCUCUUCUAGUUUAUGAACAUUUUGCAACUUCUUUUACUUGACUGAUGGUGUACCGUAACAAAUUAAUUCCUCUAUUCCAAAUCUAUUUAACAAUUCCGUUCACAUGGGUACAGUUGUAUCAUAAAAUUGGAGUUACAGGUUAUAAAUAAGGUGUGAUGCAGUAAUAAAAAGCACAAGUUUUUGUAAGAAUAUAUUAUAUAGGAAAAUAUGUCAGACUAAACCAAUGAAAGAGCACUAUCACUACAAACAUUUGAAACAUUCUCAGUACCAUUUAAUAACUAUUAUUCUCAAUGUUUAGCUUAUCUUAUAGCAAAUAAGGGAAAUCCCUAGGUGGCAGCGAUAAAGAGGGAACUGAAAACAGGCAGCCUAAGUCUACAAACUGACAUAAGUAUGCAUAGACUACAGAAGAGUGAAUAAAGACAUUUCACGAUGUACCCAAGCAGAAUGAAUUAAGUACCACAAGAAGAUGGAACAUGAAAUCUCCAUAGCCACAUGAUGAAAAAAUUUAGAAAUAACACAACAGCAUGCAAUCACAUUACCACACUGAUGUACAUUCGAUGAAAGGUAGAAUUAAAAACCAUCUGCCUGCCCAAAUUUAGAUGAUAAAUUUGAAUAUUUUUGGUUAUUCGUUUUUUUUUUCAAAAAAAAAAAAGAACAGAAAAUUUUCCCUAAUGUACCUUAAAACCCUGAUUUUACAUUCACACAGUAGAGUUUUUAAAGUCUACAAAUCAGAUAUAAAAUUGGAAAUUAAAAAAUACGAAUUUGAUCUCAAAGGCAAGAAAAGUAAACGGAAAAAUAAAUGAAUGCGACUACAUCAAACUAAAAGGCUUCUGCACAACAAAAGAUACCAUCAACAAACCAAAGAGUCAACCAACUGAAUGGAAAAAUAUGUGCAAACAAUGCCUCUCAUAAGGGGUUAAUGCCCAAAAUAUAUAAAGAGCCCAUACAACUCAACAACAAAAACACAAACAAUCCAACUAUAAAAUGGGCAGAGGACCUGAACGGAAACUUCAAAGAAGACAUACAAACAGCCUGCAGAUAUAUGAACAGAUACUCAACAUCGCCAACUAUUAGGGAAAUGCAAAUCAAAACCACAAUGAGAUAUCACCUCACAAGUGCUGGAGAGGUUCUGGGGUGAAAGGAAUCCUUAUACACUGUUGGUAGAAAUGUAAAUUGGUACAGCCACUAAUACAAACAAGAUGGAAGUUUCUCAAAUUUAAGAGUGGAAUUACCACACAACCCAGCAAUCUCUCUUCUGGGUAUCUACCCCCAAAAUUUGAAAACAUUUAUCUGUAAUGAUAUAUGCACCCUGAUGUUCACUGCAGUAUUAUUCGUGGUGGCCAAGAGAUGGAAACAACCGAAAUACCCUUCGAUAGUUAAUUGGAUGAAGAUGUGGUACAAAUAGACAAAUAUACUGCCUUUUGUGACAACAUGAAUGACUCUCGAGAUAAUCACGCUAAGCAAAAUAAGUCAGACAGGAAAAAUUGAGAAUCGUGAUUUUACUCAUGUGGAAUAUAAAACUGAAAUCGACAAACAAACAAGGCAAACGAAAACUCACAGAAACAGA